AUGCCUCCCUCAGGCAUCAGGCUCAUCCAAGAAGCACAACUUCUGAAAGACAGUCCCAAGAAGGAGAGAAGAAAGUGCCCACCUCACCAAUUUGGCUCAAAGUUUCAGAAAGAGGUCCAGGUGACUAUUUGUGCCAUCCUGGUGGACCUGUGUGAAAAGUUCACUUUCUUUGGCAUUGUCUGCAACAUGAUCCUUUUCUGCACCAUCAAACUUGGCUACUACAACUACCAGGCAGCCAUGAUCAAUCUUUGCUUUAUGGGUACCUAUAUGAUGACCCCUGCUCUGAUGGACUGGCUUGCAGAAUGUCCAGAAAGGCGGCUCAAACUGGUAUAUAUCUGUGCAUUGCUGCAUUUUAUAGGUACAGCCCUGUUACCUGUGGUUGCCUUCCCUUUUGAAGAUUUCUUCAUAGAUAAACGCUAUGUUGUUCACACCUUGGCAAAGAGGGAACAGAUGAUUCUGUUUUACAUUGGACUGGUUGCCACCUGCCUUGGUUCAGGAGGAAUAAGAGCCAUAGUGUGUCCUCUGCGCUUAUGCAAUCUUAAUGAACCUGGUCCAAAGGAGCUCAUGACAUUUUUCAACUGGUUUUAUUGGUUGGUAAAUUUAGGUUCAGCCAUUGUGUUUGUCAGCAUUUCGUAUAUCCAGCAGUCAGUGGCCAAAAACCUGGGCUUUCUUAUUCCCUUUGUAUCUGUCCUGAUGGCUCUGAUCACAAUUCACAUGGCACGAAGUGAAAUGAUUUACCAGCCAUCCAAAGGUAGUUCUCUAUUAACAGUCUAUGGUGUAGUUGCUAACUCUUUGAAGGUGUGUUGUGUAAAAUGCCGCUACUUCAGUGAGAAUGUGACAAACUGGCUAGACCAUGCCAAAGAAAAUUAUGGUGGCCAGUACAGCGAAACUCAAGUGGAAAGCACAAAAAUGUUUGUUCGUCUCUUUCCCUUCUUUGCCUUUCAAGUCCUCUAUCGCAUGUGCCUUAUGCAGAUACCUUCUGGAUAUUAUCUGCAGGCGAUAAAUUCAACUCUGAAUUUGAAUGGAUUUCUCGUACCAAUAGCAGCCAUGAAUCUGAUCAGCAUCCUGCCAUUCUUGAUUCUAGCUCCCUUUCUGGAGUGUCUCAGCACUUGUCUCUUCAAUGCAAAAACAAGUGGAUGGUCUCCUACUAUGUGCAUUGUUGUAGGUUACACGUUUGCUGCCUUGUCUGUGAUGGUUGCUGGGUUUUUUGAGGUGCACAGGAAACAUUUCCCUUCAGUGGAACAGACUGUUUCAGGCAAAGUACUCCUUGUUUCCUCCAUGCCGUGUGUCCAUCUGGCCCCUCAAUACAUCUUGCUUGGUGUGGCAGAAGCUCUGGUGACUCCCACCUGUUCCUUCAUUAUAUUCCAAUUUGUGCCAAGUAGAAUUCGUGGGGUCGCCAUGCAAGUCUCGACUUUCUUCAGUGGAGCUGGCAGCAUUAUGGGGGCCUUUUUCAUCCAAGUGGUUUACUUUGGCUCACAAGGUGACUGGUUUCCAAAUAUUCUAAAUGAGGGCAAAUUGGAGAGAUUUUACUUUUUCUUGGCCUCAUUAAUGAUGAUUAAUACUUUGGGCUUCUGGAUUAUUUCACAUAGAUACAAUAACCUGCGGCAAGAUUAUGAUGAAGGAUUCAGAGGGAGUCUUCUUCAAGAGCAACUUUUACAGCAUGAGAAAUCACUUAAAUUUUAUGACAGUAUCCUGGAUUGUCCCUCGCCUUUGUCCCCUGUGGAGAAUCCCCUGUGAAAUCUUGCUCUGAAAACGUCUGGUUGAGCACUUCGUAUAGUCAGUCAUCAGAGUAUUGUGUCAGAUUUUAAUGAUACGUUCUUUUCUGUGUUUAUGAAUGGACUUAACUAUAACGGAUUGUUGUUUGUCUUUUUCAUGUCUUUAUAUACAUUUUUAAAUGCUGCCAGGUUGUUCCCAUUUAGGCCCUGGUCCCCAGCUGUUCCAAACCACUUGCUUCCUUGACUAUUUAGGAGACCCCCCUCAACUGACAGAGCCUUUUAAAUGGCCAAGAGGAAUAUUUAUCACUUUCAUGUCCUGUAUUGUAUAUAUGACUUCACUUUAAAAAAAAAAAGAAGACUCUUCAUAUUUAAUAAAGUCUCCUAUUAC